AUGUAAGUAAACAACAAACCUCAUCAUUGGUCAGUUCAAAAAAAGUGACAUAUGUCAAAAAUAAAACAGCCGUCCCUCCAUUUUGUUAACCGAAACUUGUAUAUUCGAAAGUUCGUUGGAGUUUUUCAUUAUUUAAUUUCUGUUUUUUCUUGUUUUCAGAUAAAUAAUGGGGUCCUCCGUGAAGGUAGAGGACUUCUACAAGAUAGAAAAGAUCGGGGAGGGUACCUACGGUGUGGUCUACAAAGGAAAAAACAAGAAAACUGGAGAAAUGGUCGCCAUGAAGAGAAUCCGCCUUGAGAAUGAAGACGAGGGCAUCCCGUCCACCGCCUUAAGGGAAAUGAGCCUUUUAAUGGAAUUAAAACACAAGAACAUUGUUACUUUGCUUGAGGUUAUUUUGGACGAACCCAAGUUGUAUCUAAUUUUCGAAUACCUCUGUAUGGACUUGAAAAAAUACCUGGACAACAUCGAAAGUGGCAAAAUGAUGAACCCAAAACUAGUCAAAAGCUAUUUAUUCCAAAUAAACGAAGCCAUAUUGUUCUGUCAUCAAAGACGAGUGAUCCACAGGGACCUUAAGCCCCAAAACUUACUAAUUAGUAGAGAUGGAGCCAUUAAAGUGGCCGAUUUUGGCUUAGGACGGGCCUUCGGUAUCCCCGUGAGGAUUUACACCCAUGAAGUGGUCACUUUAUGGUACCGGGCUCCUGAAGUUCUGCUUGGGGCUGCCAGAUACUCUUGUCCAGUAGACAUAUGGUCAGUUGGGUGUAUUUUUGCCGAAAUGGUCACUAGAAAACCAUUGUUCCAAGGGGACAGUGAAAUUGAUCAGCUAUUCAGGAUCUUUAGGGUGCUAAAGACCCCUACAGAAGAUAUUUGGAAAGGGGUGUCUUCUUUGCCUGAAUACCAUGCGAUCUUUCCGAACUGGACCAGUUAUAACCUGGAACAUCAGGUGAAAAAUUUGAGCGAAGAUGGACUGGAUCUGCUGGGAAAAAUGCUGAUUUAUGACCCUAGUAAGAGAAUUUCUGCUAAAGGUAUUGCCACACACCCGUACUUCCGCGACGUAGAUCUCAGCGUAAUGCCAGUGAUUGUUGAAAAAAAUAAGUAAGACUUGUAGUAUGUAUUUAUUUAUUAGAAAAAAAAAAUGUUGCUUUUUUAUUAUAUUGUGUCGUAUGUUUCUUUGAGGGUGUCUUAACCAGUUAAUUUUGUACAUACUUAGUAACAGUUCAGUCUUAAGUUAAGAUGGUGCCAUGUUUUGAUGGCCAUAUACGUAGAGGCACCCAUACGCAUAGACAAACUAAGAUAUAUUUUUAGUAUUCAUUUUUAGUGUAUAGGGUUCAAUUUACUACUAAAUAUUGAAAUAAAACUUAUUUUACUGUAA